AUGCCUAUUCCUAUUCCUAUUCCUCCUCCUCCUCCUCCUCCGCCUCCUCCGCCUCCGCCUCCUCCUCCACCGAGAUUUGGGCGAAUUGAGAAAAUUGAUGAAUCCAAGAAGGAUUUGAAGGAUGAUGAUGAUGAUGAUGUAGCGCCUCGAACGACAGCAGAAGACGAAGACGAAGACGAAGAAGAAGACGACCAAGAAGAAGAAGAGGGAAGCGUCUCUGCCACUGCUGUUGACAAUACUACUACUAAUAAAACGACCACCGAAACGACGACGAUGAAUUCUGCAAGUUUGCUAAAAACGAAAACGAACACGAAAAGUGGCAUCGAAGAUAUCUCGCACUUGGUUUCGAAAGCGCACGCGCUGAUAUGCGAGUUACGAUUGUUAUCGCGCGUCGUACCAGACGAGUGGAAAAAUAACAGAAAGAGCAACAAUAAUAGCAGUAAUAAUAAAUACAAACCAAUCUUGUUCGAUUUCAAGUAUUUAGAAACGCCGGAGAAGAUUGAACAUUCGAUUUCGAAAUCGGCGACGUCGAGACGGUUGGACGCGGAGUUUAGGAGGAAGUACGAAAAGCUUUUAGAGAGGUAUUAUUUGGCGUUUAAUGCGGUUACAACUUGGUACAAAGCGUUCGUAAAGUUUACCGAGGACGUGGAGAUUGGUGUAUACGGAAGCGAGACGAUUGAGACGCUUUUGACGAAUCGAGAGGGGAAACAGCUUUUACCGGAAGCGGUGGCGUUGUUUGGGCAGAUUUUGUUAUCCAUAGAUACGACGUUCGAUUACGAAGUGAAAGAACGCAUAGUGGUGGCAUAUUAUCGGUGUAAGAGGAACGCGUACGAUGCCGGCGAUGGAACCGCGUAUUCCUACGACGCGACUCUUGCGCAGUUUGAAGACGUGGUGAAGUUGACAGAGAGGACGAAAUACGGCGCUUCUUUGUCGUCCUCGAUGUCGUCGUCGUUGUCAUCGUCGUCGUGGUUGGGAAGUAGUACUCUUACAAGUAGCAGUAGCAACAGUGGCGGCGAUAGCAAAAACAACGAUAGCAAUAGUGAAAACAGCUUAGAGAGCAAUUUCCCGAGCGGGUACCCGCACGACGCGUACUUCUCGAGGUUUCCGAUGCCGAAACGAGCGUUAUCGCUCGCGAUUGGAAAACUUCGUUCGGACGAUAUUUAUAACUGUUGCUCGGAAUAUUAUCCAGACCCCGAUCAUCGGUCGAUAGCGUUGUCGCAACAAGCGUCUUUGUUGGUGUCCAUCUUGUGGUUCUCCCCGGAAACGUUGAUGGAUAAACCAGAAGUGAUGCGAGAGAUUGUGGAGAAACAUUUUGCCGAUAACUGGAUCGUCAAUUGGACGUUCGGUAAAACGAUAGAUCUGCGAAUGGCAUGGAAACGAUGCGAGGCAGCGAACGAGGCUUUGAACAUCGCGUUAAACGCAAAGAAUGUGCAGAAAUUAUGCGUACGGUGCGAUAGAAAAUUCAACGAGAUCUCGAAAGUCUUUCGCUCGUUUUUCGCAAAGAGGAAAAUCGUCGACGAGAAGUUCGUUCUCGAUAACGAAAGUUUGAUUCUCGAUAGUUUGCGAGAUGCCAAUAAUUGGUUGCGCUGGUGUUUGCUGCAUAACGUUUCUCAAAAUACAGACUUAUCAUCCUCGUUUGCGUAUUACGCGCCGAAAAUGGAACGACAAAUGGAACUUUUGCUCGACGUCGCCGAAAUCGAACGCGUUACGAAACUCACGUACGCAAAGUUGUUAAAAGAUAAAAACACGCGGUGGGAAAACGCGCGAGAAGAAGCAACGUCGAGAAUUUCCGAACUGUCGCGCUACUUUGCUGGUUCGGAGACUUUGACUAAGUUUUCCGUGAAGAAGGACGAGAAUUUGACGCACUGGUUCGCGCACAUCGCCGAGCAAAUAGAACAGUUGGAGCACACGCAGCCUUCGAAAACGAUUCAGCAACUUUCCUCCGCGUUGCUUGAAGUCGAUAACUUUCAUUCCAUCAACACCAACCUUCAAGCGAAAACGUACAUUGCAGAGGCUCGACAGUUUUUAGAAGUCAUGUUGAAAACAGCGAGCGUCGGUGAAAAAGCGUUGAAUACCAUCACUGCUGUUUCGGACGCCUCGUAUGCGUGGUCGGUUAAAGAUUCAAUACGCGAAGCUUUGCGUAGUCGCGUGCAACAAGAUCCCUUCGCGUGUUCUAAAGUGCGUUCUUUGCUGCUCAAGCUGCGUUCAGUGCUCGAGAUGCCGCUCAUGCGCAUCUCGAGCGACGAGCGCAGCGAAGACGUAGACGCGUGUUCAAAAUUUUACAGCAAAGAAAUUGCAUCUUACGCGAGCACGAUAUUGACCGUCAUUCCUGAAUCCGUCUUUAAAAUACUCGACGAGAAAGUGGUGAGUCUACGAACAUCAGAGCUUACAAACUUACCGGCAACGAUUGAAAAGCGAGAACUCACCGAGUACGCAAAAUUAGAAACGAGAGAGGAACUGGCGCAAACGACUCAUAACAUAGCCGCGUUCGCGCGAGGUAUUUUAGCGAUGGAGAAAACGUUCGUUGGCGUUAUUGAACUCGACCCGAGAAAACUAUUAGAGGAUGGCAUUCGCGAGCAAUUGGCGCGACGAUUGGCAAAACUAUUCGACGAGGAGUGUAGAUUCGAAGGGCACGAUCGAGAUUCCGCGCGAGUAUUCAAAGAGAAACUCAUCUCGUGCGUCGAAAGGCUCGAAGCUUUCAAAAGCUCGUUCGAAUACAUUCAGGAUUACGUCAACGUGCGAGGAUUGAAAGCGUGGCGAGAAGAGUUGGCACGAGUGAACCAAUUUUGCGUCGAGCGCGAAAAACGCGCUUUGGGAAGUCCUUCGGCGAGCAGAAACGUUGGUACCUCUUCGACGCCGCGCGCGGUUGCGUUGGGAAUACCGAUCUUUCCUCCCACCAAAAAUGAACCGGAUUCGCAGACGUACAUGGGUAGAAUCGUUCGAAAACUGAUUAAAUUGACGUCUGAACCGAAAUAUAUCGACGAAACUAUGAUUUUUCUUCCCAAUCGAUUCGCCUGGGUCGAUUUCGUGAAAACCGAUAGACAGAAAUUGAGUUCGAGUACGUUUAAAAUCGUGAAUAAAGCGAUUGGAGUUUCCGGUUUACGCUCGAUGGAUGAGUUAUUGACGAAUAUUAUCGCUCAAAGUUUGAGGGAGUGCGUCGCUGGCGCGAUCGUUGCGAAGACGUUAACACGCGUUGGUGAAGGAGUAAGGGACUAUCGCUUACCAAAUCUGGACGAGGCAUUCGUGAAGAACUUUUGCAAAGAUUUACACGGUAUCGGCGCGUGUUUACUCUUGCGAACGUUCGUGAAUACAGAAUUGAGUUCGAGCGCGAAAAUCGAUUCUGGAAAUUUGGUAAAAGCAAUUGAAAACGUGAACGACGCGAUGCUGUGUGACGAAACUCAACACGUUUUGAGCGCCAAACUCUUGCCCUCGCAAUCGAGAUUUUACGAGGAACUCAGCGAUAAGUUAAAAAGUAUUGGAUUCCAAACGCCUUUAUUGCAAACGUACGUGAAAAUUGACGAAUCCGACGCACAAAAAAUCAACGUCGCGGACGUUCUUUUCGUAUUUCUUGAGAAAUACGUCUUUCCAAACGUUGAAUACUCGGAAGAAUUGAAAAUUCUAAUCGCGAGCGAGGUGAGCGGAAGGAGCCUUUUCAGAUACGACGUGUCUGCCAUCAUCGUAGGCAUCGCGAGCUUAUGCGCGCAGUUCAACGGGACCGAAACGCUCACGCAGCACAUCGCCUCCGUCGGCCUCGAAAUCAAAUCAAGAAUCGCGGCGAUUGCCAUGAAGAGAAGAGAGGACAAACUUUCGAAAUACGCAAACGUCAAACCUCCGAAGCCGGGAGGUAGUAUUGUGAGCACUCGCAAAAACAUCGCCCAAGGAAACUUGGAGCGAACGUACUCGUAUCCGGACGACGUGCGCAAAUUGGUCGCGUACUUGGAAACUUUGUCGUAUUUCGCGAACGUCGAUAGAGAAGUUUUAGAAAGGUUUGUUCCUUCGUACGUAUUGCACAACGCGCACUCGUAUGUCGAUCUCUCGUACUGA